AUGGACGUCCUUCGCCAAUCCUACCAGUAUGGUACCUCCCUUCUGGCACCCUCAUCCCGCUCUGCGCCCUUUAAAGUCUACUUGUUCGGCGGUGACAUCUCUCGCUCCCUGUCACCUCUCCUCCAUGGAAUUCUCUUCCAGUCAGUGGGCGCAUCGUGGAAAUGCCACCUCUCCCAGACAAUGGACAAGUCUUUAUUCCUAGACACUCUCACCGCCGCGGAGACAAUCGGGUCAUCAAUCACCAUGCCCAACAAAAUCACCUUUGGCCCGCUUCUGGACGAUCUGACCGACGAGGCUCGGGCAAUUGGAGCAACUAAUACAACUUUUGUUCGCCUCAGCCCCACCGGAAAACGACGAUACAUCGGAACAAACACAGACUGUAUUGGGGUUCGGGAGGCAAUCCUUCAGCAAGAUCCGAGUGCCGCCGCUUUCACAAAGGGGAAGCCUGCGAUGGUAGUGGGAGGGGGAGGAGCGGCCAGAAGUGCUAUAUAUGCAACUUGGAAGUGGUUCUCUCCCUCCGAGAUCUAUAUCACGAAUCGACUUAAAUCCGAGGUUGAUGAUAUUGUGGACCACUUCACCACCGCAAUUCCGAACAUCAAGCUGCGAUAUAUCCCAGAUAUUGCAAUGGCCAACAGCCUCCCAAGCCCGUCACUGAUCAUUGGGACGAUUCCAGACUACCCCCCUUCUCAACCAGGAGAGCUGCUGAGCUGGAAAAUAUGCGAGAUAUUCCUCGCGAAAGCCAAGCGGGGGCUAUUGGUGGAUAUGUGCUAUAUGCCAGCACCGGAGACAAGACUUGUGAAGGCUGCCAAGAGCGCAGGCUGGCAGAUAAUCCUGGGUACAGAGGUCUUGGCCAGAGUCUGUGUUGCUCAGCAGAUUCUGUGGUUGGAGAGUGAAUCCAAUGAAGAAGGGGUGAAACAAGCUGUCGCAGCAAUUUCCCCUGGAUCUAAUUCUAACCUGUGA